AAAAAAUUUUCAAUUUAGAAACAAAAAAUUUUAAAUCGCGAUUUUAGACUUUUUAAAAUCGAUUAAUUAAAGUAAAAAUGACGGGGUGGCUAUUUAACAUCGAUUCGGGAUAUUUGGAAGGUCUAUGUCGUGGAUUUAAAUGCGGAAUUUUGAAGCAAUCGGAUUAUUUGAAUCUUGUUCAGUGCGAAACAUUGGAAGAUUUAAAACUUCAUCUUCAAGGAACUGAUUAUGGACAAUUCCUUGCAAAUGAGCCAUCGCCCCUUGCCGUAUCCGUAAUUGACGAUAAAUUGCGUGAAAAACUUGUAAUUGAGUUCCAACAUAUGAGAAAUCAUGCAGUCGAACCACUUUCAACAUUCUUGGACUUCAUCACAUACAGUUACAUGAUUGAUAACAUUAUUCUUCUUAUCACUGGAACACUACAUCAACGACCAAUUUCCGAAUUGAUUCCAAAAUGUCAUCCAUUGGGAAGUUUUGAACAAAUGGAAGCAAUUCAUGUAGCUGCAACACCAGCUGAAUUGUAUAAUGCCGUAUUAGUUGAUACUCCAUUGGCACCAUUUUUCGUUGACUGUAUCAGUGAACAAGAUUUAGACGAAAUGAAUAUUGAAAUCAUCAGAAAUACUUUAUAUAAAGCAUACUUGGAAGCUUUCUAUGAAUUCUGUAAAAAUCUUGGCGGAACAACAGCUGAUGUGAUGUGUGAAAUUCUUGCUUUUGAAGCAGAUCGUCGUGCCAUUAUCAUCACAAUUAAUUCUUUCGGUACUGAAUUGUCUAAAGAUGAUCGUCAAAAGUUGUAUCCACGCUGUGGUAAAAUGUUCCCCGAUGGCUUAGCUGCUUUAGCUCGUGCUGAUGACUAUGAACAAGUAAAGGCUGUUGCUGAAUAUUAUGCCGAGUAUGCUGCCCUUUUCGAUGGCUCUGGAACCAAUCCUGGUGAUAAGACAUUGGAAGAUAAAUUCUUCGAACAUGAGGUCAAACUUAACGUUUAUGCUUUCAUCCAACAAUUCCAUUUCGGUGUAUUCUAUUCAUACUUAAAGCUCAAAGAACAAGAAUGUCGUAAUAUUGUGUGGAUUGCCGAAUGUGUAGCACAAAAGCAUCGCGCUAAAAUCGACAACUAUAUUCCAAUAUUUUAAAUAUCGUGUAAUAUUUCAAUAAAUAGAAACAAGAAGGGUGUGAUGAAGUAUAUAAUUCCGAUAUCAUGGGCUAUGUUCAGCAACAAUAAUCCAUCUUUAAAUAUUCUUUUGUUUUCUUCGGGCCAUUGCUUUCAAAACUUAUCAACUUUUACGCAUAAGAAUUGUAAACAAGAAAAAUUACUAGUAUUAAUGAUGUUUAUGUUAAUAGAGGAUGUUAUGUGCAAUCAAAGUGACUCAUAACAUUUAACUCAUUCAGCAUUUUAAACAAAAAAUUUGUUAACUGUUAUCGAUUCACUUUAUUGGCAACAAAAGUUAUGAUUUUUCCCGUUUAUUAAUUUCCUUUUUGCUUCAUUUGUAAUUUAUGUAUAUUUUAUUGAAAAAAAAAAAUCAUACGUUAUCUAUUAAAUAUAAUGCAGUGUCACUCAAGCUAUUUUCAGUGGGAAUUGUUUUGACAUAAUUGUGUGCUGCUGGACGAUAAAGCUGUGAAGACACUGCUAUAAUGUUAAAUGAAAAUAUAAUAAAUUUAUUCAUGUAAUAUUUCAAAUUUAUGAUGUUCUUAUCAUAUAAAACAAAAUACAUUACGAUUAUAAUCAUAACAAAAAGUUUACCUUAAAAAAAGACAUCAAAGAGUGUUUAAUAACUAAUUGAUUCAUUCAUUCAUAGAGAGGAAAGAACGUUGAGGACUUAAUAAUGUAUCAAAUAUUGCAGUAUAAUCGUGUAUUGAAAGAUGAUAAAUAAAUAUUCCAGAUAAAGAG